AACUCUGAGCCUCUUCCAUCUGUGACCAGUCCCAAUGCUCCGGUCACCGGCUACAAGCGUAUGGUCCUCCCGACUCAGCCUCCUCUGACAGCCACUAAGAAGUCCACUCCCAAGGCCGGGGCCCCAGGUGGAACACUGCCCCGACCCCAGGCAGAGCACUCCUCCUCCGCACCCAUCUCCUCUGCCUCCCCAGUGGCCAGGCCUCAGUUCCAUACGUUGCCUCAGCCAGUCCCAGCCACCUACGCCACAGCCUCCACCCACAGCCAGCCCACCUUCAAUGUACAGGUGAGGUCUGCCCAACCCGGGCCCCAGCACCAGUCCCCAGGACCCCCACAGCAGUUUGCCCAGCAGCCUAUCCGGAGCCCAGCUCAGGUCCAGUACAUGUCUGCUCAGCCACGAGGCCCUGACUUGGCCUACGGGCCUCCUCAGCCAGGCUUCGCCCCUCAGCCAGGCUUCGCCCCUCAGCCAGGCUUCGCCCCUCAGCCAGGCUCUGCACCACAAGGGUACCCAGAGCAGGCCUACCCUGGACCAGGAGGGUACGGGGGAGAACCAGGAGGGUACGGGGGAGAACCAGGAAACACCUGGAGAUACACUGCUAUUUUAUUCCUUGGCUCUGUUCAAUGCAGGGAGAGUCUAAGAGUUCAGUCGGAGUCUCUCAAGAGCCGGCCCAAGCACCAGUCCCCUGGACCCCCCAGCAGUUUUGCCCCGCAGCCCAAAGAGCCGGUCCAGUACAUGGCUGCAGCCAGGGCUCUGAGUCGCUAUGGGCUCCCAGCAGGACUUUCGCGCCUCAGGGGAUCUACCCUACGCAGACA